UAAAUGCAAUGCAAAGCAGCAGCUUCUUACUAUAAAUUCAUCUCUUUAAACGCAUAAACUACGAAACGAUGUCGUCUUUAGCUUCUCUACUCCGCAGAAGAACCAGGCCGGUACCUCUCCGGCUGAGAGGAUUCUCGUCGAAUUCAAUCGACCGAGCUACUGGAAGAAUCGAGAAGCUGCUAAUCGCGAACAGAGGCGAAAUUGCGUGCAGGAUUAUGCGAACGGCGAAGCGCCUGGGGAUUCGGACCGUCGCCGUGUACAGCGACGCCGACGAUCGGAGCUUGCACGUCAAAUUGGCCGACGAAGCCGUUCGCAUUGGACCGCCGCCGGCUCGUCUCAGCUACUUGAGCGCUGCCGCCAUCAUCGAAGCCGCUUCCCGAACUGGCGCGCAGGCUAUCCACCCUGGCUAUGGUUUCUUAUCAGAAAGCUCUGAGUUUGCUCAACUUUGUCAAGAUGAGGGGAUUACAUUUGUUGGACCUCCUGCAUCUGCAAUUCGUGACAUGGGUGAUAAAAGUGCUUCAAAGAGAAUAAUGGGUGCUGCUGGAGUACCUCUUGUGCCUGGGUAUCAUGGCUAUGAACAAGAUAUUGAUCUGAUGAAGUUAGAAGCCGACAAGAUUGGAUAUCCUAUAUUGAUCAAGCCAACACAUGGAGGUGGAGGAAAGGGCAUGAGGAUUGUACAAAGUCCUGAAGAUUUUGUUGAUUCGUUUAUUGGAGCACAAAGGGAAGCUGCAGCAUCUUUUGGAAUAAACACUAUCCUGCUAGAGAAAUAUAUUACAAAACCAAGGCAUAUAGAAGUACAGAUAUUCGGGGACAAACAUGGCAAUAUCGUACAUCUAAAUGAGAGAGAUUGCAGUGUACAGAGGAGACACCAAAAGAUUAUUGAAGAAGCUCCUGCUCCGAACAUCAGUGGUGAUUUUCGGUCACACUUGGGACAAGCAGCUGUGUCUGCAGCUAAGGCAGUGAAUUAUCAUAGUGCGGGUACUGUUGAAUUUAUAGUUGAUACUCUGUCUGGAGAAUUUUAUUUUAUGGAGAUGAACACCCGUCUCCAGGUUGAGCAUCCAGUUACUGAGAUGAUUGUUGGUCAAGAUCUCGUGGAGUGGCAAAUACGUGUUGCUAAUGGAGAACCUCUUCCAGUUAGUCAAUCAGAGGUGCCCUUGUUAGGCCAUGCUUUUGAAGCCCGAAUAUAUGCUGAGAAUGUUCCAAAAGGAUUUCUUCCAGCAACUGGAAUUCUUCAUCAUUAUCAUCCUGUCCAAGCUUCAUCAGAAGUUAGGGUGGAGACUGGAGUUGAGCAGGGAGAUACAGUUAGCAUGCAUUAUGAUCCCAUGAUAGCUAAACUUGUAGUGUGGGGAGAAGAUCGAACAGGUGCAUUGAUUAAAAUGAGGGACAGCCUUUCGAAGUUUCAGGUUGCAGGUCUGCCAACCAAUAUUGAUUUUCUCUCAAAGCUUGCAAAUCACGGAGCUUUUGAGAAAGGAGAAGUUGAAACCCAUUUCAUUGAGCUGCAUAAAGAUGAUCUGUUUGUUGAUCCCGAUGAUGAUUUAUCAACUAAGCUAGUGUACAAUUCUGCUGCACGUAGUGCAGCCAUUGCUGCUGCUUGUCUUUGUGAAAAAGAGCAUGCAUCAAUGAGUGAAAUUUCCCCUGGUAGUCUUUCUAUAUGGUAUGCUAAUCCUCCUUUCCGAGUGAAUCACUUUGCCAAACGCACAAUGGAGCUUGAGUGGGAAGAUGAAUCAAGCAAGGGUGGCCCGAAACCCGUACCUGUACAUGUCACACAUAUGCCGAAAGGGAAAUAUCUAAUUGAGACGGGAGGAAGCAGUUUUCCUGAUCUCGAGCUGAACAUAGUGCACUUGGGCAACCACGAUUUUCGAGUUGAACAUGAUGGUUUAAGCACGAAUGCCAGCAUGGCUGUUUACCAGAAGGAUCAGUUCGAGCACAUCGACAUCUGGCAUGGAUCGUGCCAUCAUCAUUUCAGAUGGAAAAACAGACACGAUCUCGUUGACAUUGAUGAAUCCAAUCAACACCGACCCACCACAGAGGCAUCCUCACAUCCUCCUGGUUCCGUUGCAGCUCCUAUGGCUGGUCUAGUCGUUAAAGUUUUGGUGAAGGACGGGGAUAAAGUUCCAGAAGGGCAACCGAUAAUUGUCUUAGAAGCAAUGAAAAUGGAGCAUGUUGUGAAGGCAACUCGUGCUGGUUACAUCAGUGGGCUUCGGGUUUCUGCCGGCCAACAAGUUUCCGAUGGUACUCUUCUAUUCACUGUAAAGGAAAAUUGUGGAGAUGUGUCGUAAGUUGUCCAAAUAAACAGGAAAAUAAUGUACCUCUUUCAUACCUUGUAUGUGUCCAUAUAUCUCAGAUAAAAGAUGUAAGAAUCUUGAAAAAAUACAUCAAACAACUAUUUACACUUUCCAGUGUGUGUUGAUUUGAAGUUUGCCAGACUUUAUUCUUGUAUCCAAGUGGGUUAUGUGGGUCAUCAUGUUCCUAAAUCUUUAUGUCUAAAUUUAUUUCCUCGUUUUUCUCUGUUUAA